GCGUGGAAAUGAAACCCGGUUUCUGGGUGGUGUGUUACUAUUACCAUGCACAUGCACCAUGCUCAUCUUUUUCUUUUGAGAUUCCUCCUCCUCUUCCUCCCUUUCUCUCUCACCCCUUAGAUUUGACGAUACAUAAAUGGAUGGGGUCAUUAUUUGAGGGAGCGGGUGUGGCUUCUCCGCCUCAUUCAUUGUAAAUAUCAUUUAUAUCAAUGGCUGAUGCCAAUUCUCCGACGACAUCUCCGCCGUCUGAUUCAUCACAAUCCCCGCCGCCUCCGUCACCAGACAAUUCUAAUAAUUCAUCACCACCACCAGCCGGUGACAAUUCAUCUCCACCGCCGUCAUUAUCCCCGCCACCAUCGUCUCCACCUCCAUCAUCCCCUCCUCCGUCAUCUCCCUCUCCACCUCCGCCUUCUCAGUCAUCUCCCUCUCCACCUCCACCUUCUCAGUCAUCUCCCUCUCCACCUCCACCUUCUGGCUCUUCCCCGUCUCCACCAUCACCACCGCCACCACCGUCACCACAAGGAGAAACGCCAUCACCUCCAAACCGGCAAGAUUUUUCUCCUCCUCCGCCACCGCAUCCUCGUUUGUCACCACCUAAAUCAUCUCACUCGCAUAACAACAAUAAUUCAAAUGAAAAUAAUGAAAACCAAUUCAGCACCGGGGCUAUAAUAGGAAUUGCAAGUGGAGCUGGUCUAUUGCUCCUUGUCCUUUCAAUACUCCUUAUUGUAUGUUCAAGAAGAAAGAAGAGAUCGCCACAACCUCACCUUCAAUUCUACAACCAUCAUCAAUCACACGGUCCUAAUCAAUAUGAGUACAAUAACCGUGAUCACGUACUUAAUAUUCCUCCACCACCAGGUGGUGGUGGAGGUGGUGGAGGUUGGGGCCCUCCACCACCAAGAGGUGGUGGAGGUGGAGGUUGGGGUCCACCACCACCUCCGGGUGGUGGUGGAGGUUGGGGUUUACAGCCUGCAAACAGUCUACCUCCCCAGCACCUAAGCAGUGACAUGAGUACCUCGAGUUUCUCCGGGUCGCAAGGUCCUGUAUUGCCACCACCUCAUCCAACGGUUGCACUCGGGUUCAACCAGAGCUCGUUCACUUUCGAUGAGUUAUCGGUUGCUACUGGCGCUUUCGCACAUCAAAACCUGUUGGGCCAAGGUGGAUUUGGAUAUGUACAUAAAGGUGUUCUUCCUAAUGGUAAAGAAAUAGCAGUAAAGAGCCUUAAAGCAACCAGUGGACAAGGUGAUAGAGAAUUCCAAGCCGAAGUUGAUACUAUCAGCCGUGUCCAUCAUCGCUAUCUUGUUUCGCUUGUUGGAUAUUGCAUUUCGGAUGCUAAAAAGCUUCUUGUUUAUGAGUUUGUUCCUAACAAGACACUUGAAUAUCACCUUCAUGGAAAGGGUCGACCUGUGAUGGAUUGGAGCACAAGGCUUAAAAUCGCGCUUGGAUCAGCCAAAGGACUUGCUUAUUUACAUGAGGAUUGUCACCCUCGUAUCAUUCACCGAGACAUAAAGGGUGCAAACAUUUUACUCGAAAACAACUUUGAAGCAAAAGUGGCAGAUUUUGGAUUGGCAAAGUUUAAUCAAGACGCUAACACUCAUGUUUCUACCCGCGUCAUGGGAACAUUUGGGUAUAUGGCCCCUGAGUAUGCAUCGAGCGGUAAGCUAACUGAUAAAUCGGAUGUCUUCUCGUACGGUGUUAUGCUUUUGGAGCUCAUAACUGGACGACGACCAGUUGGAACCAGCGGUGAUUAUGAAGAAGAUAGUUUGGUUGAUUGGGCUAGACCACUUUGUAAUAAAGCAUUGGAAAAUGGAAUACUUACUGGAUUAGUCGAUAUACGAUUAGAGGACAAUUAUGACAAAAACGAGCUAACACGAAUGAUAGCUUGUGCUGCUACUAGUGUUAGGCACUCGGCAAAAAGGCGUCCGAAAAUGAGUCAGAUUGUUAGAGUACUCGAGGGAGAUUCGUCGCUCGAAGCGCUUCAUCAGGACGGAGUUAAAGCGGGAAAUAGUACUAUGUACAGCAGCGCGAGUGGAGAUUAUGAUGCAGGAGCAUACAGUGCUGAUAUGAAAAAGUUCAAGAAACUAGCAUUGGAAAGCGGCGUAGCAAGCAGCGAUUACGGUGGAACGAGUGAGUAUGGUCUCAAUCUUUCCAUCUCAACCAGUGAACAAUCUUCUUCCGAUUAUAGCAAGAGGACUGCAACUGGAACAGGAAGCCGGAUCAACACUCCAUGAGAAGAAAACCUCGUCUGAUCCGAUAUGAUACGAUACGAUCCAACUCUAUUUUUGAACUAGCUAGAUUGCUAACAAAAGUAACAGAUGAUUAUCUAAUUGGCAGAAAAGUGCUACAAGGAAAGAAAGUCAUGGCAGAGUUAUGUAACAUGAUUUUUGGAAUGAAUCAUUGAUUUGUAUAUACA